AGCUCUCGGAGUUCAUCAGUUCAAAUCCAACAGCGCCAAAGCGAAACGGUCAAAGCGAAGCACUACAGCGAGCUAUUCCGCAUCAAAGCGAACUCCCAACGCAAGGACAUUCGGUCAAGAGUGAAAGUGAAAAGUGAAAAAGGAAUCCUUCAGUGAAAAGCAGUGAAAAUGUCGAUCGUACCGAUUUUCUUCCGCAACUGGUGGGACGACGAGUUCGAUCGUCCGCUGUGGAACUCCCGGCUGCUGGACCAGCACUUCGGUGGCGGUGUAACCGCGGAUGACCUUCUGAACGUGAUCGCAUCGGUGCCCGAUCGUCGGCUCCAGCAGCGCCAUCACCACCACGGUCUGCAUCCUUCGAGCCGGUACAAUCGUCCAUGGCACAGCUCGUGCGUGGCCACCAAUCGGGACAGCGGAUCGACGGUGAACGUGACGGGCGACAAGUUCCAGAUCAACCUGGACGUGCAACAGUUCUCGCCCGAAGAGAUCUCGGUGAAGUACGUGGACAAGUGCGUCGUGGUGGAGGGCAAGCACGAGGAGAAGCAGGACGAACAUGGCUACAUCUCGCGCCACUUCGUCCGACGCUACAUGCUCCCGAACGGGCACAACGAGAAUGACAUCGUGUCCUCGCUGUCGUCCGACGGCAUCCUCACGAUUACGUGUCCCCGCAAGGAGAUUGAGCAGAAGAAACCGGAACGAGCCAUUCCGAUCACGCAAACUGGACAGCCGGUAAAGAAGCUGGCGGCCGACCAAUCAGCCACCAACGGCAGCGGGGCACAGGGCAAGAAGGAGGGAGAGAAGAUGGAAUCAUAAGUCUGCAUCACAACGCCAUUUCAUUUAAGUUUGCUGAUUAAUGUUUAAGUGUUAAAUAAAUUUCUAAUUUAAGUGUGUGUGCUAUUUUACGUA